AUGAAGCUCAAUAUAGCUUAUCCCUUUACGGGAUGUCAAAAAGUAUUUGAAAUAGAUGAUGAGAAGAAACUACGUAUAUUUUUCGACAAACGCAUGGCGCAAGAGGUAGAAGCGGAUGCACUUGGGGAUGAGUGGAAGGGCUAUGUUCUCCGAAUCACGGGAGGUAAUGAUAAGCAAGGCUUCCCAAUGAAGCAAGGUGUCCUCACGAAUAAUCGAGUACGCCUGCUGUUAUCUAAGGGACACUCUUGUUACAGACCUCGCCGUUCCGGUGAAAGAAAGCGGAAGUCCGUUCGUGGUUGCAUUGUAGACGCCAACCUUUCUGCUCUUGCACUGGUUAUUGUGAAGAAAGGCGAAGGAGAAAUCCCUGGAUUGACCGAUACCACAGUACCUCGACGCCUUGGACCAAAACGGGCCUCAAAAAUUAGGAAGCUUUUUAACUUGUCGAAGGAUGACGAUGUUCGCAAAUAUGUGAUUCGGCGAAAGCUUCCUGAGAAAGAUGGUAAGGAACGGUCAAAAGCGCCAAAGAUCCAAAGACUCACUACUCCAAUUUACCUGCAGCGAAAAAGACGUAUUAUUGCAAAGAAACUCAAACGGACUGCAAAACGGAAAGAAGAGGAAGCCGCGUUCCAUAAACUAAUGGCACAAUAUGCUAAAGAAAAGCAGGAGGCCAGAAUCGCCCGGAGGAGAUCAUCCGCAUCUCGUAGAGAGUCAGAGAGGUUGAGUAAAUCAAGCAAAUAA